CUCCAGGUCAACAGUGUGUGAUGGAUGCCCCACGGGGCAGAGAGGCAGGCAGAUACCAUCUGUGAAAGAAAGUAUUUUGGAGAAAAGAUUGGACUGUAUUUUGCCUGGCUGGGAUUAUAUACAUCCUUCCUCAUCCCGUCGUCUGUCAUUGGGAUCAUCGUGUUUCUUUAUGGAUGUGCAACCAUAGAAGAAGAUAUUCCCAGCAAAGAGAUGUGUGACCAGCAGAAUGCCUUCACCAUGUGUCCCCUGUGCGACAAGUCCUGUGACUACUGGAACCUCAGCUCAGCCUGCGGGACAGCGCGGGCCAGCCACCUGUUUGACAACCCCGCCACCGUCUUCUUCUCCAUCUUCAUGGCUCUGUGGGCUACCAUGUUUCUUGAAAACUGGAAGCGAUUACAGAUGCGACUAGGCUACUUCUGGGACCUGACUGGCAUCGAAGAGGAAGAAGAGCAUUCCCGGCCUGAGUAUGAAACGAAAGUUCGUGAGAAAAUGCUGAAGGAGAGCAACAAGUCAGUGGUCCAGAAACUGGGAACCAGUGGGACUGAGGCUGAGGAUGAGGACGAUGAAGAUAAGCUGACCUGGAAAGAUCGUUUCCCAGGUUACCUGAUGAACUUCGCCUCCAUCUUGUUCAUGAUUGCCUUGACCUUCUCCAUCGUCUUUGGGGUCAUUGUCUAUCGCAUCACUACUGCAGCUGCUCUGUCUCUCAACAAGGCCACACGCUCCAAUGUCCGGGUGACGGUGACGGCCACGGCGGUCAUCAUCAACCUGGUGGUCAUUCUCAUUCUGGAUGAGAUCUACGGCGCCGUGGCCAAGUGGCUCACCAAAAUCGAGGUUCCAAAAACAGAGCAGACAUUUGAAGAGCGCCUGAUCCUCAAAGCUUUCUUACUGAAAUUUGUUAAUGCCUACUCACCCAUCUUCUAUGUGGCCUUUUUCAAGGGAAGGUUUGUUGGUAGACCCGGAAGCUAUGUUUAUGUGUUUGAUGGUUACCGCAUGGAAGAGUGCGCCCCCGGGGGCUGCCUCAUGGAGCUGUGCAUCCAACUCAGCAUCAUCAUGUUGGGGAAGCAGCUGAUCCAGAACAACAUCUUUGAGAUCGGAGUCCCGAAGCUAAAGAAGCUGUUUCGGAAGCUGAAAGAUGAGACAGAAUCUGAAGAAGCUGGCUCUGCCCAUUCAAAGCAUCCAGAGCAGUGGGACCUAGACUACAGCCUGGAACCGUACACUGGACUGACACCAGAGUAUAUGGAAAUGAGUAAGAUCCUAUGGACUUUCCUUCUGCUGGAG